AUGCUGUUGCUACUGUCACUGCUGCCUCUCCUGCCGCCGCUGCUGCCGCCGCCGCCGCCGCCGCUGGUCCUGCUUUUGCUUUUACUUCUCCUGCAUGACAGUUGUUUUCUCCAUCUGAACAGACCCCAGCUUCAGAUGCUCGAGGUGAGAACCAUGCCUUUCAGUUUGGGCUACUGGUUUACUUAA